AGAAGAAAACCAAAUGCUCUUUUGAUAUACCAGUUAUUAGUAAUUCAAUGUGGAGCACUGUAUGACAGUAAAAGUGUUGAGAUGUGCGUGAGGAGAUUGAGCUGGAUAUAAGAUUUAAUACAGUGCAGAUAUAGUCUUGUGUGCAGGAGGGGUUUAUCCACUUGAAGCGUGCUCAUAGCUGCAGAUGUGUGUUUAUUCAGACUGACGACGUUUAAACGAUCUGCUUCAGCUGCUUACAAACGCGUUUUCUGGGAUGUUCGGUGUGUGUUGCUCCAGAAUAGAUCUGAUCAGUGGUUUCUGAGCUCGCUCUUUUUGGUCUCGCUGGAGCGCCGUAGCACCAGAAGAGCAUGUGAACUGUUCACUGUGUUUACUGUGUUUACUGCAGAGUAAACUCAGAGUAAAGUCCAUCUGAAGCAGAUGUGAGCUGCUCUUACUCCUCCAGACUUCUUCAGAGCAGCACAGCUCCACAGAGAUCCAUGUUACAGUCGUGAGAAUGAAAUCUGCUCCCAGUGUGGUCUCUGCUGGCAUGAGCAGGUAUUAUAUCGGCGUGGACGUGGGCACGGCCAGUGUGCGAGCGGCUCUGGUCACACAGGACGGUCAUAUCAAGCACACAGCAGAGGAGUCCAUUGAGAUAUGGGAGCCGUGUGCUGAGCAUUACGAGCAAUCAUCAGAGGAUAUCUGGAGCAAAUGCUGCAGCACCGUGAAGCGUGUGACUCGGGGUGUGGACGUGGAGUGUGUUCGAGGGAUCGGGUUCGAUGCCACCUGCUCUCUGGUGGCUCUGGACCAGCUCUUCCAGCCUGUGGCUGUCAAUCACACAGGUGAGCGUCUGCCCGCAGGUGUCCGGGAGAGGAACGUGGUGAUGUGGAUGGACCACCGCGCCGCGGAGCAAGCCUCUCGGAUCACAGCCUGCAGACACCGAGUGCUGCGGGGGGUCGGCGGCGUGAUGUCGCCCGAGAUGCAGCCGCCCAAACUCCUGUGGCUCAAAGAGAAUCUGCGGGAAACCUGCUGGAGAGAAGCGGCACACUUCUUCGACCUUCCAGACUUUCUGUCCUGGAAAGCGACAGGCUCUUUGUGCAGGUCUUUAUGUACUCUGGUGUGUAAGUGGACGUACUCUCCAUCUGACGGGUGGGACGACUCGUUCUGGAGCGCUAUCGGUCUGGAGGACCUGAUGGAGAACAGUUACUCCAGAAUAGGCCAGCAGGCGUGUUGUCCAGGGGCUCCAGUGGGUCGAGGUCUGACCGCAGCGGCGGCUGCAGAUCUGGGUCUGAUUCAGGGCACCGCUGUGGGCGCUUCGCUCAUAGACGCUCACGCAGGAGGCUUAGGGGUGAUGGGCGCAGACGUGACGGGGCAUCAGCUGCCCUGUGAGGAUCGUCCGGUCUCGUCCCGAAUGGCCCUCGUAUGCGGCACGUCUUCAUGUCACAUGGCCGUCAGCACUCAGCCGCUGUUCGUCCCCGGGGUCUGGGGCCCGUAUCUGUCCGCUAUGCUGCCCGGACUGUGGCUCAGCGAGGGAGGACAGAGCGCCACGGGACGCCUGCUGGAGCAUGUGCUGAAGGGACACGCGGCGUUCAGGCAGCUGGAGGAGCAGGCGGAGCGCAGCGGGAAACACGUUUACUCGUCUCUGAACGCUCAUCUGGAGAGCAUGAGCGCAGACGCAGCGCAGCUGGAGCAGCUGACGGCCCGGCUGCACAUCUGGCCUGAUUUCCACGGCAACCGCUCUCCUCUGGCCGACCAGACGUCCCGCGGCGCGGUUGUGGGUCUCACUUUAUCUCAGACGCUGGAUGAUCUGGCUCUGCUGUAUCUCGCAACUCUUCAGGCCAUCGCUCUUGGCACCAGACACAUCAUAGACGCCAUGAGAGCGGCAGGACAUGACAUCACAACCCUCUUCCUGUGUGGAGGACUGAGCAAGAACGCUCUGUUUGUGCAGACGCACGCCAACACUACAGGUCUGCCGGUGGUUCUGCCAGAGGAGCGAGAGGCUGUGCUGCUGGGAGCCGCUGUGAUCGGAGCCUGUGCUUCAUCAGACUGCAGCUCCAUACAGGAAGCAAUGAGGAGGAUGAGCCGAAUCGGGCGUGUUGUCAGACCAAACCCUGAGCUAGAGAGCUUCUACAGGAGGAAGUACGCUGUGUUUCUGCGUCUUUAUGAUCAUCAGAAGGAGUGUGAUGCGCUGAUGGAGGCUGAAGCAGUUUGACACACAGACGCUGUUUUCUGACGGUCAGAUUAAACGCUGAGAUCCUUGAGGUGAAGAUGACCAUAACAACACUGGAUUUUCAUUCAUCUGUGCUUUCACUGAGCACACAAACUACACAAAAUACUGAGUUUUCAGCCUUUUACACCUAAAUAUCACCAGGAUAAAUCUGUUAAAGCACUUCAGCUAAAAGUGUUUGACCACAGCUUCUCACGAGAGGAACCACAUGCAAAACAAGCCUUUUAUUAAAGAUCACUUUAGCAUGAUUUAUUUGUGUUUUAAAAACUAGACAUGAUUUCACAAAUAAAAUACACGACAUUGAAAUUUGAUACUUUAUUCUAAGAGUUAUUUUGGAAUAAAUGUAAAAAAUAUAUAUUUACUUGAGAUAUAUAUAUAUAUAUAUAUAUAUAUAGUUUUAAUAAAUCAUUUAUUACUUUGAAAAUGUAAAAAUCCAAAUUAGAAUUGUUUUGUUUUUUGAAAAAUGUAAGUAAUAUUUGUUAAACCUGGAAAAUGUGUUGUCAUUAAAGAACAUUUGCUGUUAAUUUAUUCAUCCUCAGAUCAUCCAAGAUGUAGAAGGCUUUUUUCUUCAGUAGAGCAGUACAGAAGGGUAUUGCACUUUGUACUUUUGUCCACUGCAGUGUCUUGUUUUUCUCGGCACAGUGUGGGUCUGCCUGGUGGGUUGGUGGUGGGUGGGGGGUAUGGCUCCAGUCUGUUUAGCUGAAACCGUAGUUCUUGGUGAUUCAUACAAUGUAAGUCAGCAGCUGCUGGUAUUUUGAGAGUCAAAAAAACAUAUAGUGGAACACAAAAUUAGUUUCUUGCACAGACCAAUCGUUUCGCUUCAUAAGACCUCAAUAUAUCAUCAGGAGCCACGGGGAUUCAUUUUGUGCUCCUUGAUAUGCUUUUUUUCAUUCUCAAAAAUGGGCCGAGGAACAAGAAGGUCACCUAUGUCUUGGAUGGCCUGAGGGUGACUAAAUUAACAGCAAAUGUUGAUUUUUGGGUGAACUAUCUCUUUAAGUCUAUCUGGAAUGCUAAUUUACAGUGGAUUAAAAUAAAGCAUUAAAAACGAA